CCAGGCACUGCCAUUGGUUCCAUUCGUCUCGACUCGGCCGAGCGCACCGGACACGUGCUGCUUACGCUCCAGCAAGCGAAACUUGACUCGUUGCGUUCGAUAAUUCGUAAAAGUGGUGUAUUUGGAAGAUCAGUUUUUGAGUUCGCCGAUACUUUCAUUUAAUUUACGUUCGGACAGUUUUACUUUGUGUUGUUUACCUUGUUCUGUGACUUUGCACAUUGGAGGUGUACGGUUUAUUUUCAUUACGGCCGUCUGUUUACGGACCGAGCCGGUGCCGGGCCCGCUAUAAUGUAAGCGGCGCAGGACAACGUGCGUUUUCCUUCAAGGUGUUUGCGAUGUGGUUUCCGUGGCUCGCGUUGCUGGUGUCGUGUGCACUGGUGGGAGGGGAGCAGACUGAGGAGCCGGUGGCCACUACCACCCGCGCACCGCCGCGCACUCUCGACAGGCAAGCGGGUGAACUAGCUUGGCGCACCUGGCUCCAAAGCCCUGAAGAUGGAAAUCAAAAUGCUCCACCUAGAAGAAUAACUACGAAAUCACUUUUCAUCACUCCACUAGUUUGCCCAAAAGGACACCGACUCGAUGGAACUGCUUGCGUCCAGGUGGUGACAGUAAAUAAAGCUGACCAUGAACGCAUUUUAUUAGAGCAAUUAAACGCUCUUUUUACUACGGCUCCCAACAACGGUGAUGUGCUCUAUGACUAUGGCGACGAAGAUCCGGGACCCCUGCAAUUGUCUAUACCGAUUGGCCUAGAUCCGCAAAGCUCACCGCAAGAUCCGUCUGCACAGGCCCAAGAUAUACAGCCGAACUUCGUGAAAGUCGACAAAAAAGGCGAUAAUACUGAUAGUAGCAUUGAGGCUGAAUUAGAACUUUUAAAACUACAGCAAGCUAAGCUGAACAAUACUAUUUCACAAGACGGUAGUAAUAUUCUAUCUCAUAACGUAUUACACAAUUUACUUUCUUAUUCAGAUAAGCCUAAGAGAGAUAGUCCUAUGGUAAAUUCCACUGAGAUUGAAACACAGUUGAAUAACAAGGACGAAGGUCAGAAAGAACUAGUGUUUGGCCACGUAAAUAUUGAUCCUGUAAUUUAUGAUACAGAAACUCAAAAUAAUCAGGAUCUUAUCAUGGAAUCCGAAACAGAUAAGGCAAACGCAGGAGAAUUAGACAAAGAGAAAGCUGAUAAUAAUAAAAAAUCGCCUACAAAUUCUGAUUUGUCUAAUUCAACUGUAGUGGUCUUAAAAAAGGAAUCAGAAGAUACAAAAUUAAGUCCUGAAAAUGAUUAUUCUGAUAUUGGAGAAGCUAUUAAACUAAUAAGCAGAUACGCUGAAGUUUCAACAGAUGAUAAUUUUGCCAAAGACGAUAAGAAGCUUUCUUCAACUGAAGAAGAUAGCGUAUUAGGCACACGUACAAAAUUACAAUAUAGACGCAACAAGCCAAAGGUAUCAGAUAACUUAAGAGAUCCGGACACUCAUGUCUCAGAUAUAAUCAUAAAAGAAGACGCGACCAUUGAAAAAAUGUAUCCGAAAAAUAUUGUAUACUACAGAUAUCCUUGGCCAAGUGAGAAUGCUGAUUCACCACCACCUAACUAUCCAUUUCGACAUCUACAAGACUAUUGGCCUGGUCGUAGUCAAAUUGGAGGAGUUUAUAACACAAUGCACGAAAAUCCGAGACGCCAUCAUCAUUCAUAUCCUCAUUAUUUUCGACCCCGUGGUUCUACAUAUGCAGAUUAUCCUGAAACUCAUCUUGGACUUCAAGAGACUUACCCUGGACUUCGGCGAUAUCCACACAAGAUUGGUGAACGUAAUCCUAGUCCAAUAAGAUCUCACGCUAAUAACCAAGACUUGUACAGCCUGCUCGGCUUAAGGCAUUGGUUUAGUAGUGAAGGAGCGUCGAAGAGAUAGUUUGUUUUACUAUGAUUUAGACAAUUGGAUGUUACCCGACGUCAUAUAAUGGAAGCUAUGGGAAAUUGUACUCUACGCACAUUUAAACUCUAUACCCUUAUUGGAUUUCGUAUCUACUAAUAUUAUAACUUAAUAAUAUAAAUGUUAGUCAUAUCUGCCAUAGCUUUCAAUAUAUAUAGCCUAUUUAUUUUAAAGCCAAAUAUUACAGUCAUAGUUUUGUAAAAAUUUUUGUUAGCUGUUUUAAGUUCUUGUAAAUAUUCUUGCACUCGAUACCUAAGCGUUUAAUAACUUUUCCUCCUGAAAUUUUAAUUUUUAUCAAUUAGUAUUAUCGUUGUUUUGUAUUAUGUAAAUUGUUGUAUUACUAAUUUAUGUUUAUUUGAUGUAUAUUUCUUGUUGUUUGUGACUCUUGAGACAGUCAUACAUAUUGCAAAUUUAUGGUUCUGGAGACACCAUACGUAGGCACUGGCUUGCCUGUUGAAAUAAUGAUUAUGUGGAUGUUUAUUAUAAUUAAGUACUUAUGUAGAUAAAUCAGCUGACCUAAGUUGUUUUGAGUAUACUUAGAUUUAGAAUAUCUUACUAGACCCUUUUAUUUUUCAAGAAAAUAAAUUAAUUCAAAUUUCGGACAUUUUAAGCCCACCUACAAUCAAUAAAAGCAUUACAAGAAAUAAUGAGAAAGUGAAUAUACGAACUUUCAGUACCUAAAAUAUUGCAUCUAAUAACCAACUAUAAUCCUAAUUAAAUCACAAUGGUACACGUAUUUAAUUUCACUAUCAUUGGGUCUGGAGCAUCUAGUGGUAUAUUGUACCUUAGAAUGGUUUAUUUACGGCAAAAUAUUUUCUUUUAUUUGUUACGCUACUACCGAACUAUUACUCAUAUAUCGAUCCCACCAAAGCUUAGUUUAAGUGUUAGAUAUAUAACCGCGAAACAUUAUUAUUGAAUGCUACUAUUUUCGUAGGGUUUUAGUAUGAUAAAUGUAUUCUUGUGUAUUUUUUUACUAAAUAUUGUAUGCUAAAUGAUUAAUCAAAUCUUAUUAAUAUAAAAAGGCACGUAAAUAAUUUAUGAUAAAAAUAUUUUAAAAUAUUUAGUAAUGAUUAUUGACUUCUUAGAUGCAUGGUGAUAAAAAAUACUUGCCAUAAAUAUUUUAUUACUCAUAUCUAAUUCUUAACCAGUGUUAUUGCAUUUUAAAUUAAUAAAUACAAAAACGGCGUCUUUGUGUAAUGUAUUUAUUUAUUACAAUUUAAACUUUUUGUAUUCAAAUAUUUUAUAUAUAAUUAUAAUCAAUAUUUGGGGCCUUCAUUGAUUUAUAAACUUAAAAAUAUACUAACUAGAACUAUAAAAAAAAUACUAAGCAAAGGUCCCAAUAUAUUCACUCAUUAUAAAAUAUUGUGUCAAAUCUGUACUGUACAAAUAAUAGCUGUAAGAAUAAAAUAAAUAAAGAUAUAUGUAGCGAAUACUUAACUUACAUAGUUAUUAAAUUUUAAUAUCCAAAUGUGCUUAAUAUUCCAUUUGAUGAAAAACAAACAUAGAAAAUUAUCAAUGCCAGUAUUUUAUUGUAAAUAUAAAUGUGUUAAUAAAAUAUUUAAAAUGAAAAUAAACUACUCAUUUUAUUUCUUUAAACAGAUUUUAAAUAAGACAAAGAUUUUUCGCAUUCAAGAUUUUAUUGAAAAAAAAUAUUAAAUUUUCUUAAUAACACUGUUUAAAUUGAUAUUUCCUACAGGUAGUCAAAUUAACAUAAUAUUGUUUAAUUAAACAAUAUAACCUGAGCUUGCACAUACUUAUACAAAAAAUGAGUAAUGGGUAACUAAACAUAAAAAGGAACAUAUUAAAUGUCAAAAACCA